GGGGAACGCAGAGACGAAACAGACGAGAUAGCCGAAGAGAGAAACACGUCAGCAGCCUUAUCAGUCACGGAGGUGCUAGAGACGAGAUGAUGGCUACAGCGGCUGUCAAGCGAGCUUGGCUCAACGCAAAUCACCCCCAUCAUCAGCAAUUGGCCAAUGCCAGCAAUUCGGAUGCAGACUUGAGACCAUACUGGCUGCAAACGCAGCAGUGGACACCAGCAGAGCUUCAUUAUCGGCCCGUUACUGCGACGUCUCGACACCAUUCUCCAUCGCCCGGCGUAGAGGUCUGCGAGCAAGGCCACAAUUCCCUCAAAGUCCGCACGGCUGAUUGCGGUCCACAUCUCGUCACUUUAGGCAGUGGUCGACUCAGUACAAAUAUCACACUCAUUCAAUUGCCUGAAGGUCGGCUUCUGAUGGGCUGUGGUGGAAGCUAUGUUCAGCGUCAGCCGGACGUUGUGGUCCAGGGAACUGGCGUCGAACCAAUUCAUUGUUACAUCGAAAACAUCAAUGGCAUCGUAAGUCUUUAUCCACUUGGCGAGAUGACUUCUGUCGACGGCCUACCUGUUGCUACACCUACACGUCUAACUCAAGGCUCUAUGAUUUGCGUCGGUAGAUCCAAUUAUUUUCGCUUCAAUCAUCCGGAAGAAGCUGAACGGAUGAAGACAAUCUUGCCGAACGCACGGAUAUCAUCCGUACCCAUGAGUUUUGCCAAUGCAUCGUCAGCAGCUGGAAUCAUCAGCUCGCCAUCAGCAACGUCGCCGGAGCCUCCGGGUCUUGACAAUCCGGAAUAUUUCCACAUGCCUGGUGUAAAUGGCCACCGUCAUCCACUUAGUAAUGGAAACGGUGCGUUUCAGCCGGUGCGUAGCAGUAGUCCGCAGUAUAUCGGCGAGUAUUUGCACCCGCGGAUGCUGGCGCAUUUCGAUCACGAUGACGACGACGACUACGAUGUGUCCGUUCCGACCUCACCUCAGCAGCAGUCCAGGUGGCAUUCGGCCUCACCUAAAGUUUUUUUGCCCAACUCGUCGACCGUUUCACUACCAGCUAGUGCCGUUCUGGGCGUGCGCGGCCGCUCUGCCACGCCGACCGCCGUUCCAACUAGCAACCCGUCAUCGUCAGAAUCUCACAACUCACACAAGAGAUCGCAUUCCGUCGGUGCAAGUCACACGUUAAACUUGCAACAACAACAACAAAUCAAGCCGAAUUUAAGGCAAGAACGAAGUAGUCUAGAGGCUCUGGCUGCCUGCGAGAAUCAGCUGGAAGAACGUCGUCGCAAGGCUCAAGAGGAUCGUGUAAAAGAACAAGAACAGGAACGAGAGGAACGUGCUCGGCUAGACGAGAUUUUACAAAUGUGUGCUGAAUACCAACGACAAAUUGACGAUGAGCAGCGACACUCCCGCGACGCCUUCACCUUGUGCGAAACGCGGUCUGACAGUCCUUCCUGCAGCAAACAACAGGCUCAAUCGGCAGCGUCCGGCAAGCCUCCACCAUCCCCUGGCCAUAGUCUCCAUCCAAACAGGAUUAAGACUAACGGGUCUCUGCCACGCAAUGAAACGAAACGGUCGGUUCAGUCACCCAAUGGCACCACCGUGGCCGGACGCAACUUGAACACAUCCGAAGACGAAUUAAGUGGCAUUUUCACUUUUGAUCCAACACCGAAUUCCAUGCCAGCGAGUCCUUCUCUCUCGAAUCAACAAACGGUCGUCGAGUGUGUCAUCAGCUGCAAAAGUCCCUACGAAAACGUAUGUGUUCCACAAAGCCCACGCACGCGCAUCCGCACAACACUUGGUAAAAAUAAAGAAGAGAGUCCCGAAAGUAUCUCAUCCAGCCAGCACACUUAUCAGCUCAUCACGUCCGGCGUUGCCGCUGAGGUGGCCAAAAGGGAAGCUGGCCGGCUAGAGAAGGAGUGCCAGCAAAUUAUGUGCAUUGUUUCGACGUUAAAAAACCAUGUCACGGACGUAGAGCAUCAGAUUGAUGAAGCCAUUCGCGAGGCCGAAAUGGAGCGUGCUCUGUUGCAGGGAGAACUGACAGCGCAGCUUGAAAAAAUUGUGCAAGAUGAGAAAUGGAUUGAACAGCUGGAGCAAAAGGAUCAGAAACUGGCGGCAGAGUUGGAAGAGUUUCGAUUUGAAGAAGGCGAUAAAAUUCAAACAUCCAAAUCCAAAAUGGAGAUCAUUGAACUGGAACUAAACAAACUGGAAGAGGAAUGUGACGCUUUUAGUGGGUCGACGGACGAAGAAACGGCGUUGCUGGAAAAAAUCAAAUUCCAACACGAGCUUCUAGACACUGAACGGAAGUCAUUUGAAGACCUAGAAUUUCGACUGAUGGAAGGCGUGGCUCAUCGGGAAGCCGAACGCGAAGAGUUACACAAGGAAAUGGCCAGUGUUGAAUUGCGCCUACUCCAACGUAGACAGCAACUCAGGGAAGUGGAACAGCAACAGCGACAGACGUCGGAAUCGGCACGUAACGAAGCGCAAGAGCUAACUAACCGACGAAGAGAAUUAUUUCAACAAAUUGAGCAGGAAAAAUCAAAACUACUAGUGCUGCAAAAUAAGCUGGAACAGCUUUUUAGAGCCGGCCUGGCCGCCGGGCAUUACGACAAUGGAGCCGAAGCUUCGUCUGAUACCGAAGAGAGUGUGACAGAUAUCGAGCAGAGGCUGCAAGAAUUACGUCAGAUGGGCCACUCGCAAGAAGAUUUGGAUCGUAUAGAACGGAUUGCUAGCCAAAACAGGGCGUUGAACAACACUGAUGAUCAGAGCCGCAAGGCGACGGCAACGUUAAUGGAAAUCGAGCGCAAUCGUCAGUUGAUAUUAGUGCAACAGGGAGCCCAAGUGCUGGAAUUUGAACGGAAAAAAGUUGCUGAGCUUAAGCGACGCGUUCAAGAUCAGGUGCGGGCACAAUGGGAGGAGAGGAGAUCAAUGGAACAGCAGCAACAGUCGGUCGACCGUGAAGUCAACUGUCAUAGUCUCAACAGUGUUGGGAGCAGUGAAGAAUCUCGUUCCAGUUUGACAGGAAGCGACGCCCCCACCGAGAGCGAUGAUGUUCCAGCCAAAACGAAUGGUCCCGACCGUGGCAGCAACGGUAGCACUACAUCGGCGCCCAGUACGUCCAUCACCAGUAUCCUGGAGGUCAAGGUGCGGCAACACGACUUCAAUCAGCAGUUGGAAGAUUGUCGGCCAUUAUCAGAAGCAUCAUCUUUCGGUGGUGAAGAUCUAUCCGGCGAAGUCCGAUUGAGAGAUAAACAAAGGCAGCAGCAACAACAGCAACAACAGCAACAACAGCAACAAAUGAAUAAUUACGGCCAGUCUAUGUACGGCCCGGCUCAGGGUGGUUACAUGGGCAUGCGACCGGGUUUCGCUGCUGGACCUCAGCAACAACAGCAGCAGUCACAACAAUACCAGUCGAUGCAAAACAUGCAAAGCGCAGGUGGAUACCAAAACCCGAAUGGCGUUCAAAUGCAGCGAGGAGGUGGCAUGAUGAACGGCGGGGCCAACCUCCGACCGAUGAACAACAUGAACGGCAUGAACGGCAUGAACAUGGGAUACAAUACUGCAACCACUGGCAAUGGAGCCCAGUAUGGCUAUGGCAACGGCAAUAUGGUCAAUCAACAACAACAACAGCAACAACAACAAUUUUAUCCCUCGCAACAGUCGAUGAUGAUACAAAACCCGUCUCAACAACAACAACAAAUGCUGCAACAGCAGCAACAGCAACCCGCACAACUGCAGUUCCAGCAACAGCAGCAGCCACAACAGCCUCCGGUUGGUGCGGGAUUCCAGCACAGUCCCAUUCCCGGCAAUCCGACGCCUCCAUUGACGCCGGCAGCUAACCUACCGCCUUUCGCAAGUCCAAACAGCGACAUCAAACCUACGUUGGCGUUGGGGCAGCCUAAAGACGACGAACUCCGAUUGACUUUCCCUGUUCGAGACGGUAUCCUGUUAUCGCCCUUCCGGCUCGAGCACAACCUGGCUGUCAGCAACCACGUGUUCCAGCUGAAGCCAACAGUUCAUCAGACCAUCAUGUGGAGAAACGAUUUGGAACUGCAGCUGAAAUGCUUCCACCACGAAGACAGAGCCAUGAAUACCAAUUGGCCUGCGAGCGUCCAGGUGUCGGUCAACGCCACUCCACUCAACAUUGACCGAGGAGAGAAUAAAGCGGCCCACAAGCCGCUCUACCUCAAAGAUGUCUGUCAAGUUGGGCGCAACACAAUCCAGAUCACAGUCUCGGCUUGUUGUUGCUCGCAUUUGUUUGUCCUGCAAGUGGUCCACCGACCGAGCGUUCGAUCGGUUCUGCAAGGCCUUUACCGCAAGCGGUUGCUGCCCGCUGACCUCUGCAUUUCCAAGAUCAAACGCAAUUUCAACAGCGUAGCGGCCGCGGCCGCGGCCAACGGCGCCGUCUCUUCCACGAGCCCGACGGGCAACGGUUGCGACGGCGACGGAGUUGAGCAAACAGCCAUCAAGGUCUCAUUAAAAUGCCCCAUCACCUUCAAGCGGAUAGCGUUGCCGGCCCGAGGGCACGAGUGCAAACACAUCCAGUGCUUCGAUCUGGAAUCCUACCUUCAGAUGAACUGCGAUCGAGGCUCUUGGAAAUGUCCCGUUUGCAAUAAAACGGCAUUGCUCGAGGGACUCGAGAUCGACCAGUAUUUGUGGGGCAUACUGAACACGCUCAGCUCCAACAGCAGCAGCGCCUCUGACGCCGAGGAGGUGACCAUUGAUUCGGCCGCCAACUGGCGGCCGGUUAAUCAGAAAUUAAUGGGAGCCAGCGUCAAAACGGAGGACGACGGCGGCCAAGAAACGUCCUGCCACGGCUCCAAGAGAGCCAAAGUGAUGUCACCGGGUAGCGUGACCUUACCGACCAUGCCCAACUGGGAUUUGGGCCAGUCCUUGUCCCCUUUCUGUCCGCCCGACAUGAACAGUAUAGCAAGCGGUUCCAUGAUGAACGGCAUGACGGGCAGCAAUGGAAGUAACAGCGCCGGUCAGAUCAUGACGAAUAGUGCCAUCGGAUCUCCUUUCGACAAUAUCCUCAACGGCGGCGAUUGGAACUCGGUCGGUGGCAGUGGCAUGUCCGGCAACACGAUGAGCACCACACCAAGCCAAGACCCGUUGAGCAAUCUGAUGGACUCGGUCAACUCACUCGAUCCACUCAACUCCAUGGGCAAAUCUCUCAACGAACAGAUGAAUUCUUUGGUGAACAGCGCCUCGUUAAACAAUGCGGGCAUUCUCCUUGGGCCGGGAUCAGGCAAUAUGCCUGUGACGGGCAAUAAUAGCGGCAAUAGCAACACUAGCGCACCAAGCAGCAGCCAUCGAAGUCUUCACGCACCGCAAACGCCGGCCAAUAUGUUGAACAUGGGUCAUCAGCAACAGCAACAGAAUCAACAACAGUCGCAACAGCAGCAACAGCAGCAAGCGAUACGAAACGACGCGUUGGCCCAGUUGGAUCUUUCCUCUGAUUUGAAUUUCGAUCCAGCGGCCGUCAUCGACGGUGGCGGUGAAGGCCAAGAAGGUCUAAACUUACUGCCGGACAGUGUAGUAGAUCCGAUGGAUUUACUCUCCUACCUGGAUCCACCUGAACUAGCGACGCCACCUUCAAGUGGCGGCAGUAGCGUCGGUGGUGGUGGCAACAGCCUCAGCGGUCAACUCAGCACCGGAAGCCUAUGUGUCAACAGCACUAACGAUGACCUGCUGGCCUUGUUUGACUAGAUGAACGUCCUUCUAGCCUAAGCAUCAGACGCUUGCAAUCUGAAUUUUCUUGCCCAGCACCGACCCUGCUUGACACAAUCGAGCGUGGGCAAACUGAAUUUUUUUAAAGGGGAGAAACAAAAGAAAAAAAAACCCAGUGAUGAAUUUUUUUUGGAGAAAUUUCUGUAUCGUCCAGUUUCAACGAGUGUUACGCAGCAGGAAGUGUGGAUGACCGGCCGAUUGUGAUGGCUCAUUAAGCGUCAUCAAAUUUCAAUCAUUUUUUGUACAAAAUAAAACAAAGAAGGGAAGCAAGAAAACUAAAACAAUGAACACACACACACACACACACACAUGUAGGAGAAAAGAAAAACAAUGAAGCCAAAGAAGUUGUUUCCUCGUCUCCCCGCCCACAUUUACCCGCCUUUCAGUUUGAGUUGAUCGAAAUGAGCGAAAACAAAAGUAAGCAUAUUAAAACUAAAAGAAGAUGGAAAAACAAACAAACGUGAAUGGUGAACGGAGCGUACAAACUCUUUUGUCUGAAAUAUCAAGUUAUUUGCGUCGAACUUCACACACGAAGCUUAUCAAACUUAAUCAUCUCUGUUCAGGUGUUUAUUUUUGCUUAGUUUUUUUUUCUUCUAGGAAAUGUGUAUUUUUUAUUUCCUAUUUCCCCUUUUUCUAUGUUCUGCAAUUGUUUGGAACAAGUGUUUUCUUUUGCCCGUGUAUAAUGUAGAAAAGAGUCUAUAGAAUUUGUCCUCUCCGAUCCCUCCCCACCCAAAUGAUAUGCUUCAAGCAAAAGAGGAAGACAUAAAAAAAAUUAUAGAUGAAGACAAA